UCUAACACACAUUUGGACUACCAUCAAUCAGGAUCAUCAUUUCCACUGCAUAAACAAGUGUUCCAUUAAAGAUGUAUUGACAGUAUUCUCAAUAUAGAAAAUAAUUUGGCGAAGAAUCUGUAUUGUUUCACAAUUUGACAAGUUUUCAUCUGGGGACCCUUUCGAGUACUUUGUCAUGAUGGCAGCUGCUGAAGUGGACUUAAAAUCAGAAGCUACCAACACUGUGCCGGAAGCCCCAGAGCAGGAGCAGAUACUCAACAUAAUGAGUUACUCACAGCGCGGACGAAUGGAAGAACAGCGUUGUGCCUUAGGUCCUGUUACAAUUUGGCAAAUCAAAGCUACAACUACAGGCUUAAACACUGAGAAGCAAAACCUUGAUGACCUGCAGGCGCCAUUGCCAGGGUUUAACAACCAGGGACUUGGAGGUCAUAACCAUCAUGGCUCUACACCUCAGAUCUCUGUGAUAGAGAGUACCCCAGAUAGAAACAGGAAGCUUCUGCUUGCACCAGUCAACCAAUUACAGGUUCCCUCUCAGCAAGACCUCUCAAAUUCAAUCCAGACAGAGUCCUCUGAAGAAGAACAGAAGUUUAUAAAUAUGAUCAGCCAUGGCCAGCGUGGACGCAUGGACGACCAGCGCUGUUCCUUGAAUCCUAGCAGGAGUGCUCCCUGCACGCCCAAACACACAGACAAAAAGCCUGCAAGUACAUCAAAAACAGGCCCAGAUUCUGAUUUGUUCUUCAACCUCUUGGCCAACACCCAGAGCCGUCGGCUCGAUGACCAGCGAGUGUCGCUCCCAUCGUUACCAGGAUUACAAAAUGAUAAAGCCACAUCUAAUGCUGGAGGAGAUUCAAGCUACUUGUGUUACAUGGUCUCUAAAGUUCAGGGUUCACGAAUGGAUGACCAAAGAUGCUCUCUACCUCAAAUAACAAAAAAGGACAUGAAUACAUCUGCUUUAGGCCCUCCACGUUCAGCCUCCUUCAGCCCCAGCUCAGAAAUAGAACGACCAAAGAAUAAAGACACAACAUCUCCAAAACAGAGCCUAAAUCCAGCUGAGCAGGAAGGUUUUUUUAAUCUAAUGAGUCAUUCACAACGUGGUCGAAUGGAUGAGCAGCGAUGUGUCCUAAAUGUCAGUCCCCAGUCCAAGCCCAAACAGAAGUCCAGUGAGAGCACUGUGCCCAAAGGUCCUGAUUCUGACAAGUUUUUCAGCAUUUUGGCCAACUCUCAGGGCCGACGGUUUGAUGACCAGCGAGCAGUUCUUCCUUCCUUGCCAGGAAUAAAGAAUGGAGGUCCCACUCCAAAAUCUACAGCUGCAGAGAAGGACGCAAACCAGUUGUGUUACAUGGUCUCCAAAGUCCAGGGCUCAAGAAUGGAUGAACAGCGAUGUUCUGCCCCUCAAAUCCUGCAGAAUCUGGGUACCCCUUCAACUCAACGUAAAGAUAAUCCCAUUUCACUCUUGUCUGAUAAACCUCCCCAGAGGUCUUCCUCCUUUAACACUACCAAAACUGACCAGCAAGUUCAGGAGGCUUCUCCAGCUGAGCAGGAUAAAUUCUUUAAGAUGAUGAAUCAUGCACAAAGGGGACGUAUGGAUGAGCAGCGUUGCUCUUUACAACCAAGCAGAAGUACUCCUGUCACACCCACACACAAUGGAAGUGCUUUGAAUAAUGUGCCCACAGGUGCAGAAGAUACAUUCUUCAAGAUCAUUGCCUCCAGCCAGGGACGACGUCUAGACGAUCAGCGUGUUGCCCUCCCUACCCAGCCAGGGAUAGGAGGAAACUCUAAAGGAAAAGAAAAUGGUAGAAAUAAAAAGUCUGAAAUCCCAGCUCUACCACACAUCACUGUGGCUGAAAGUACACCAACAACAUCAAGGAAAGCCUGUUCCACUCAACUCAACAUGGCUUAUGCAGAGUCGGGCUCCCCUAGAGCCAUUCCUAAAUCUGCUUCAUAUACCCCUGAGACAGAAUAUCAGAUGCUAAAUUCAUCAGCACAGGUUACCGUGAAGGUGUCCAUGAGCUUCACACCACAGCAGGGGCAGAGGAAAAUAAUUCAACCAUGUACAUUCCCUGAAGUCUUCCUCACUCUGGGAGCCCCAGGAGAUAACCUUGUGAUCCCUCUGAGCCCGGAACCUGGCAGACGCCUGUCCUUAAACUUAAACCUUGUACCAAAAGACGAUGUUUGGUCCAGGCCAUGCUCUCCAAGCCAUGCAAGUCCAAGAAAAGCCUGCUCAAGACCAUCAUCUCCAAAUCCAGGAUCAAAUAAAGGGGAUCCUAAAAAGGGGAAGGAAAAGGCACAUAAUGGAAAGGGAAAGGGGGGUGGCAAAAAAAGAUAGCAAUGGUGGAAUUGUGAGGUAAUCUAUUGAGGACAGCAACAAGAAGGAUAUGUGAGGUAUGUGACCUGGAAAUAAUUGAUAUAUAAGAGUAAGGUCUAUACCUGCACUUUUUGUUAAGUGUCUUGAGAUUACAUUUAUUAUGUAUUGGCGCUAUACACAUAAAGAUUGAUCGGGUUGGCUUGAUAGUAUAUUCUAUUGAAAUUGUAGUUGUAAUUUUUAAAUGCCUGUGCUCACUGAUCUCUCACUAACUAAACUAAUCUUUAACUUUUGUUUAGAAAAAUACUCUGUAUCGAUUUGUACAUUGUAUGUUGUUUUGAGCUUGUGGUGUCUAAGAACAUAUGGCUUUGCUUUUUCAAAUCUGUCAAAAUCAAUCAAAAAUGUUACAUGUUAAAUCAAAGGAUGAAAACUAUGAUAAACUUUGACAAAGCUAACAAAGUUAACCAAACCUGAUUGCCAAUUCAUGUUUACUCUUCACAAGUUAAACACAAUGGAAAAUGUAGACUGGAGCAUACUUCUAAUGUUUUCAUCGGAUGAAUACAAUAAAUUUGUGUUGUGUCUUAACAGCACAUGAUGAAAAUGUG